AUGGUAAAUCCGUUCAUUGGUGAUGAAUCAUCGCUACUUCAGCUGUCUUCCGGCGUUGUUGCGGAACAGGCCGUUGCUUCCGAUCUUUUGAAUGCAAAAGAUGACGGUGAAAAGCUUUUUCUGCAAUUUGUCUCGACCAGAGUGCAAAGUAAUUCUGUGAAGUUUUCUGAGACACUUAAAAAGCGAAAUGUUCUCACCUUUGGUACAGUUCGAAAGAAGAAGGUAACUAAAGCGGCUGGGCGCGAAAUCACUAUGAAAGCAGGCAAUAAGCUUUUUGCUCGACUUCUUUUGGUAGGAAAUGUACGUAAGAUUCAGCUGAAAGAGAUGUUGAAAUACAACUUAAAGCUAGUUCCACCAGCAAUAUCAAGUCUUCAAGGGACGCUGGUAAAGACCAACAAGGCAACUCUUCUUCAUUACAUCGAAGGAGCGGUAGAAAAUCCUUUGGUUGACGUUGUUCCUGAAGGAAGCGUGUGGGUUCUUGAUGGAUUGGUUAUGUUUCAGCAGCUUCGGAACCGAGAUAUACCAGAGAAAUUUGGAGAUUUGGCUAUUUUUCUUCUGACCCGAAUAAUUCGUCUAGCUAAACAACAUCAUAGCAAUGAGAUACAUUUUGUGACCGAUCGUUAUCCUGAAAUGAGCAUUAAAAAUGCGGAACGAGGUAAAAGAGCAGCUACUGGAAGUGAAAGAAUAAAUAUCUACGGAAGAGGACAGCCUGUUCCUAAGCAGUGGCGCAAGUAUCUCGCAGAUGGCAAGAACAAAGAACGACUGGUCGAAUUUUUGUUUGAAGAAUGGUCAAAGUGUCCUGUUGCAUUGUACGAAGGGGUAACAUUAUUUGUGGCCCAUGGAGAAACAUGUCAUGCUUUACGCGGUGAAGGUAAUGAAAUUGAUAUGGUUCCUAUACCAAGUUUACGAUGCGACCAUGAAGAAGCAGAUACAAGGAUGCUUUUACAUGCCCACUAUGCUGCAAGUCAUUCCGCAGUUGUUGUCAUUAAGAGCGUAGACACAGACGUUUUUAUCAUUAGUCUUGGUAUGAGCAAGCAAUUUUCUUCUCGACUGCUGUUUCACACAGGAACAGGGACAAAAGUGCGAACCAUUGAUUUGCAAGCUAUUCGCAGUCAGAUUGGUGACGAUAUCACGCAUGCAUUAAUUGGUUUGCAUGCAAUUACUGGAUGUGACUCGGUCAGCGGUUUUUAUGGUAAAGGCAAGGUAAAGGCUGCCAAGUUGCUCUUUAAAGAACAGGCUUACCAGCAAUCAUUAGGAGAACUUGGCAUGCAACACGAGGUGUCUGAGGAUCUAUGUGCGAGGUUGGAUUCUUUUGUGUGCCAUCUGUACGGUCAAAGCGCAUGUGCCGAUGUGAAUGACGCAAGGUUCGUAUUCGUAUAAUUAUAGUUUGUAGAAUUUGUAUAUAAUGUAAAUGUAUGUUAUGUGUAUAUUUGAUAAGAUUAUCAUUAUCAUCAUUAUUAUUAUUAUAGGUUUAACUUAUUCCGCCUGGGAAAGCAUUCUGAAGAAUUGUUGCCCCCGACAAACGACUCGCUUGGGAAGCAUAUUUUACGUGCGAACUACCAGGCUGCAGUAUGGAGACGAAGCUUAGAACAAGCGCAGGAUUUACCAGGACCAGUUGGAAAUGGUUGGCAGCUAUCAGAUGAUGGUGCUCUGGAAAUCCACUGGUGUGAUUUACCUUGUGCUCCGGAGAGUGUCCUGAUGACAGUUCAAUGUUCAUGCAAAACUGGUGGAUGUGGAUCGGCUACAGGUAUGAGUGCAAUUGAAAAGUUUGAUUGAUUAGCAUCGCCUGAGUAAUGUUUUAGUCGGAAUUUUAGCUCAGCUACCGUUUAGUAUACCGCACAUUUUCGGUGACGAUUAAUGUGCUCUAUACUUUAUCUGUCGUGAUAACUUAAUGCUUCAAAAUUCCCUGUACCAAAAUGAGAACGGAAGUGAAGAAUUCGAUAUCGGUAUUGGUAUCGGAAGUCGAACUUAAACUCUCUAAUUUUUAAAUACAGGAAGACGAAGCAGCGCUGCGUGUGGAUGCAUGAAAGACAAGUUGCCAUGCACAACGAUGUGUCAAUGCCAAGGUUGCACAAACAACCAAGAACAAGAGCUACCUGAAGACGAAAUCGACGACAGUGGCUAA